UGUUUUGCGGUGCACCGUUAACUUUGGAUCCAACAGCUUCAAGUGGAUCCUUGAAAGCUGUUUUGUUGGAGCUUGAGUUAUUGUCCUCAAUGGACUGCUCUUCAAAGACUCUAAUGGGGUAAAUUUUCCCGUUGCAUUCAAGGUUGAUGCUUGUGGUGAUCGGAUCCAUAACAUUUGUAAUAAUGCUAAAUCUGCCACAGCGAAAAGAUCUGGGUGUACUUAUGUGGCCAUCUAAGGAGACCAACUCCCCCCAUAAUCUUGCUAUCUCUUUGAAAGUGUUGGAGCUCCAAAGAUUAGGAGGGACUCCGUAGCAAUUAACCCAGACGUGUCUCUCUUGCUGAAGAUGCAUACCCGAUCUCCAUUCGGUAAUAUAUUCAGACCAUUCAUGAAACCAGUCUAGAAACCGAGGUUUUUUACUCUGCAGUUCUUCCUUGUUGGGGAAUGAUAGCAGCAUAUCCCGCCCUCCUCCUUCCCUGACCAUCACAUUUUGUUCACCUCUUUUGGUGAGUUCAUUUUUCACCUGUAAAAUAGAAUGACCCAUUUUGAGUCUCAUAAUUAGGCUCUCAUAUAACCAACCAUUACCUAUCUCUGCUACUCGGAUGGUUAUUCUUGAUGCAGGUCUUGGUUGGUCCCCUUUGAUAACUUCCGCGAAAGUCCUGCCGUCAAUGCCGUGGGUCCUUAUGUUUGUGUUUGCCAUGGCUGGUAUGAGCCUUGUCGAAUGUUGUCUUGGUGCUAUGGUUCUCAGCCUCUGCUUUGGCUCCGUGUGCUUGUCGUACUCUGCUACUUUAACUGAUAGAGAUUUAUCGUCGAUCCAUAAUCCAUUGGCUUUUUGUUCUGCGACAGUGGCUGCAAUGGAGCAAUCAUACCGAACGAAUCCAAAUCUUGUAUUUGUUAAUCGCCUUCUCUUUUGGGGGAUGAAAACAUCCUUGACCACACCAAACUUUGAGAACAAAGUGUACAGGUUUUUUGGAUUCAUAGACUCCGGCAAGUUGUCCACAAAGAGUGUGUACAAGCUGGCUCUUCGACCAUCUAACCACGGACUCUGGUUUAUCUGAUUUCUUCUUUGAUGCACGACAGGGAUCCAGCCUCCUAGUCUUCCUUUCCCUGCAUGAGACCCCUAUCCUUUCCCCUACUGAAAUUUUGCCAUCCGCAAUAUGAACAACUUAGAGGAGCUGGAUUUGAGUUACAAUUCAAUAGAAGAUAUAAAAGGUUUUGAAAGACUAUCUGUAUUACGCAAGCUGAAGCUACUUGAUUUGACCUACAAUUCAUUCAAUAAUGGCAUCGUACCAUCUCUUGGUUUUCUCUCAUCACUCAAGACUUUAUCCAUACAGUACAACAAUUUGAAUGGAUCAAUUGAUAUAGGAGAAUUCCAUAAUAUGAGCAACUUAGAGGAGCUGGACUUGAGUCACAAUGACAUAGACAACAUAAAAGGUUUGAAGAGUUUAAGCAAGCUAAAGAUGUUGAACCUCCGAUGGAAUGAAUUAAAAGGACUGGUCACUAGUAAUGGGUUGGAUGGAUUGAAACACUUACAGGAGUUGUAUUUGGAUUAUUCAUCCAUUGACAAGAUCUUUCUUCAUAAUGUUGGAGUAAUGUCCUCCCUAAGGGUUCUGACAUUGCGGAAUAAUGGCCUUAAUGGAAGCCUACCUAACCAAGGUUGGUGUGAACUUUCUAACCUCCAAGAGUUAGAUCUCAGUGAGAAUGGUUUUAAUGGAAUGCUUCCCUCAUGUUUGGAAGACUUAACAUCAAUUCGAAUAUUAGACCUCUCUUUCAAUCAAUUCACUGGAAGUCUUACUUCAUCUCCCCUUAGUAAUCUCACAACACUUGAAUAUCUUUUCCUUUCAUAUAACCAUUUCGAAAUCCCAAUCUCAUUUGUUUCAUUUUGUAACCAUUCAAAGCUUAAGGUAUUUUUAGGUGACAACAACAGAUUGAGUGAUCAAAUUGAGCUUCAAACAUGGAUUCCUAAGUUCCAACUGAAGGUUCUUAGUUUAUCAAACUGUGGAUCAAACAAUCUUGGUAUGAAAUUUUCACAUUUUCUUUUUUACCAAUAUGACCUCAGAAGAGUUGAUCUAUCACACAACUUGGUCAAAACAUUCCCAGUUUGGUUGUUAGAAAAUAAUACGCGAUUGGAAGUUUUUCGUCUAAUAAAUUGCUCCCUCAUGGGGCCUUUCCUACUGCCAUCAUAUCCUAAACCCCAUGCCAUUUCAAUUGACAUUUCUGACAAUCAUAUUGAGGGCCCAAUUCCAACAAAUAUAGGUUCGAUCUUUCCAAAUUUGAGGAAUUUAAAUUCAUCUAGAAACCUUAUUCAAGGUCAUAUUCCUACUUCUUUAGGUGAUAUGCACUCUUUGGAGAUUUUGGACUUAUCUAACAAUAAUUUGUCUGGACAAAUACCAAAGCAUUUGACAAUUGGUUGCCCUCUUUUAUUCUUCUUCGCACUAUCAAACAAUAAUUUGUCUGGCCAAAUAUCUUUUUCGUUUGUAAAUUUAACUUGGUUGGGAUACUUAUAUUUGGACAAUAAUUAUUUCACGGGCAAAUUUCCAGAUAGUGUAUCUAUUCCUCCUUUUCUGCGAGCAUUUGGUAUUGGCAACAACCACAUGUUUGGAAAGCUUCCAAGAUGGAUGGGGAGCGUGUUGACUCUAAUGGGAAUUUCUAUGUUCUCAAAUCAUUUUGAAGGUCCUAUUCCAAUAGAGUUUUGCACACUUGGUUUUCUUCAAUUUUUAGACCUUUCGGAGAAUAACUUGUUUGGUUCUAUACCGUCUUGCUUCAACCAAUUGAAAAUUAAACAUGUCCACUUGAACCAAAACCAGUUGAGCGGUCCAAUGACACGUGCAUUUUACAACAGUUCUUCUUUGGUGACAUUAGAUCUUAGCGAUAACCACCUAACUGGUACCAUUCCCAGUUGGAUUGGAAGCCUUCAUGUGUUGAGCAUUCUUCUUUUAAAAUCUAAUAGUUUAGAAGGUGAAAUUCCAGUUCAGUUAUGCCAGUUGAAACAAUUAAGCAUAUUGGACCUUUCUGAAAAUAACUUUUCUGGUCCCAUACCACCUUGUUUUCAUGAAAUACCUUUUGAGACAACCCAUGAAAAAUCUUCUCUACAAACUAGCACUGGAUUUAUAUUUUCAACAUUUGCAUUGUGGAGCUUUGUCGACAGGUCAAAGUCACUAGGAAACCACUAUCUGGUGGAUGAUUCAUAUGGAGGUAUUUCCAUCAACUCUUUGGAUGUCCAACAAAAAGUGGAGUUCACAACAAAGCAUGGAUCCUACGCAUAUAAAGGCAAUAUUUUGGACUACAUGUCUGGAGUUGAUCUCUCUUGCAACCACUUAACAGGAGAAAUCCCAUUGGAAAUGGGAAACUUGAGCAACAUCCAUAUUCUAAACUUGUCUCAUAACAAUUUAUACGGAUCAAUCCCGUCAACAUUCUCACAACUAAAGCAGAUAGAAAGUUUGGAUCUCUCUUACAAUAGAUUGAAUGGAAAGAUCCCUUCUCAACUGAUUGAAUUGAACAUGUUGGAAGUCUUUAGUGUGGCAUACAACAACUUAUCAGGUGCAACCCCAGAUCGAAAAGCUCAGUUCGCAACUUUUGAAAAAAGUAGCUAUGAGGGAAAUCCCCAUCUUUGCGGACUUCCCUUGCAAACCAACUGCACUAAAAUUGUAUCAACAUCAACAAUGUCAAAAGGCCUAGAAAGAAAUAUUGAAGAUGGUAGUUUCAUAGAUAUGGAGGUUUUCUAUGUCAGCUUUCUAGUCUCAUAUAUUGUUAUGUUGUUGGGGAUUGUUGCAAUUUUGUUCAUAAAUCCUCAUUGGCGACAAGCUUGGUUUCACCUCGUUGAAAUGUGCAUGACCUCUUGGUACUACUUCUUUUUGGACAAUUUUAUGAAGUUUUUUUGCAACAGAAGUAUGUAAUCUCCUUGAUGAAGAUGCAAAUUCUUGAAUUUGAGCCUGAGAAAAUGAAAUAUAUAUUAGCUUUCUGG